AUGCCAGACACAUCAGUGCCCUCCCGUCUGACGCAACUGCCACUAGGCGACGAUGCGCCACGCUACAGCACUUCCCAACUACGCGACUACUUCCAGCGCGUCCGUCUCCCCCAGAAAUAUAUGGAUACGCCUGUACUGUCAGACAAGACGCUAGCCACUACCAAAGAGCAUGGCCUUCCGUUUCUGCAGGCUCUGAUGAGACAUCACACCUGCAACGUCCCCUUUGAAAACCUCGAGCUCCAUUACUCUACCCACAAAACCAUCACACUCAACCCCCAGGCCCUAUACACCAAGAUAGUCACCCAGCGCCGCGGCGGCCGCUGCAUGGAAAACAACACCUUCUUCGCCACCAUGCUCCGCUCUCUGGGCUUUCAUGUGCGCAAUUGUGGCGGCCGCGUGUCGCGGGCCAUGAGCCCAUACCCAGAAGUCCGUCGGCAGCAAGCGGCCACAUACGAUGGCUGGAACCACAUGCUGAAUCUAGUCGGAUUCGAUGAUGGGGGCUGCAUGGAUUCGAAACGACGAGUAUAG